GUUGUGUUCCGAAAUGAGGAAAAAAUCGAGUUUCAGACACAAUGUCCAUAUAUAUUCAUUGGAGAAAAUGGUUCCGGGAAAAGCGCCGUGUUUGAAGGAAUCCGUCGAUGUUUAAAAGCGGACAUGAACACAUCGGUAUCCAAGCCAUGGAAUCCCAAAGAAGUGUCGUACUUUAUAUGCAUAUUUACACUGGAUAAUGAAAAUGAUGAAAUCAUAAGUGGAACUGUUUACAUUCCUCUAAAAAAAGGCACUCCAUUUUUCCCUAAAAAUACAAAUGAAGAAACAACAGAAAACUUAACUCCAGAGUUUGACGAAACGAUAGAGACGGCUCCAGGGUUAGCCGACAUAGAUGCAGAAGGACAUUAUUACCAAUUUGUCGUUCAAUAUACACAUAAUGAGGAAGGAAAACUGAACGUGAGGGAUUUUUGUUGUGAUUUUUAUGAAUUGGGCCAUUGCAAUGCCGAAAGUGAAAGAAUCAAAUGCGAUAAGAAGGAAAAAAAAAACUAUGGAAAAGCACGAAAAAGGUGCAAAAUAAUAACAGCUUUCCUAAAAAAUCAAGAACGUUACGAUAAGUCAAUCGAACAGGAUGUCUUUUUAAAAAUAACCCGUCAGUCAGCUGAGUAUAAAUUUGCUUUAGAUGGAGAUGGGAAAUUACAGGUGAAUAAUUAUUUGAUGAAGCUGUUUAAAACACCGGAGGGAAUAUUGGAAGCUAAGUUCGUCUCCAUUCUGUUGUCGGGAGUAUGUUACAAAACAAUACUCCUAGAAGAACCAGAUAGGGGGAUGCACCCACAGUUUGUGCAAAGAAUGAUACAGGCAAUAAGACACCAAGCGGAAUCCAAUGGAAAAGUCGUGAUUCUGACCACUCACAAUACAGCGUUUCUAACGCCAUGGACACUGUCUAGUUGCUAUAGGUUUAGCAGAGCAGAACAAAAUAUGUGAAUGGUUAUAGGGAUAGGCAAUAAUUUAAACCACAAUUUGAAGACCUUGAGGUUAAUGUCCAAUGACAAACUUUCAGACAAAUUCUUUGCUAAACGAGUGCUAUUUUGCAAAGGGGAUAGCGACAUUUUAUUUUUGAACGAAAUGAAGAAUGUUCUUUUAUCAACAAGGAGUUCAACCUAUCACUUAACCCCGAUAUAUACGACAAAUGUAUUUCUUUCCAAAAUUAAAGACGAACUUCAAAUGGUGUUAUCCGAUCUGACAAUUGCCAAAAUGAACGGCGUGCGUAAUGUUUCGUUAUGUAGAUCCAUAUGCAAAGAAUUGUGUUUACCUGCGAUAUUUCUUGUAGACAAUGACUUCAAAAACUUAAAUAAAGAUAAUACUAAUUGCUUCAUUUGGCCGAAUGAUUCAAUCGAAGAUAUGGCUAUUAGUUUUCGGGAUUCAUGUAAGGAUAAACAACUCACACAAAUUGUAGCUGACUUGAAACUAAAACCUAUUGAAAAUGGCGAGAAGAGAAAAGGAAAAGACAAGUUGUUCUUGAAAGAAGAUGUUACACAAAAACAAAUAACACAAUGCGUAGAAGCCCUUUUUAGAAACUGCGACCCAAAUAAUGACCUUGGCAAGUUUGUUGUAUGUUUAGUACAAUUCGCAUGUUCUAAAUGAAGCAUUUACAAAUAUAAAAAUUAUAUAUUUAUUUAGACUACUUAACAUAAAAAGUUAAAUUUCAAUGAGAAUUACCUUAAUACGAAAACGAAUAAAAUACGUUUUUAUGUAUAAUGACCGACGACAUGGUCUUAUUAUCACGUACAGAUACGUUAUGUGGAAAUAUUCUUCAAAAUGUAAGUAUUGCUUUUAAAUGUUUUACUUGUCGCUUUGGAAAUCGUAAUCGAAUAAAUAAUAAACAUGUUUUGUUUGCUAUCAGUGCAAAAUUGACACGUAAAUAUAGGCCUGUGCAAUUUCGCGAGAUACUACAGGUUUGUCUAGAAUAUGAACAGGAAUAGCGCUAGCCUUUAUAUCAUAACUAGUAUAAUUUUCGUUUUGAUAAAUUAUCGCCUCAGUCUAUGUAGUUUUUCUUUUAAGGUAUUACAUUCAUUUUCUUUUUCAUUUAUUUUCCUUGUAUAUUACAGUCACAUAAACAACCAAGCUAUGUAAUAUGGAUUUUAACACCCAAUAUUGCUGCUUCUUCCUGUAUUUGCACGAUGAUGAUCUGAAAUAUUAACUACAUGAUGCUUUUAAAUAUUUUUGUAAAAAGAAGGGAUGUAGUUGACACUUGUUCGUAAUUUAAUUGUAUCGCGUAAUUUCAUUUCAUCGUUCCUCAAAAAGUUUAAGCUCUGUUGUCUGAUCUCUUUAUCCUUUAUUGAGUAAUUAAAUGGUAAUUAAAUUGAA